AAUCCUGUAUUAUUUCUCUGAGGUGCAUGCCUUACAUCGACACCCCGUUCGGUGUAUUUGUACUGGCCCCUGCUGCGAAGUUCAAUUUCUGGAGUUGGGGCCGCCACAGCUACUCAUUUUGUUUUCAAUCUGUUUAUUUGGAGGUGCUAGUACACGACACUCCUUCGUGCCUGGGUGUACCCACCGACCCUGACGCACUUUGCUGCGAGUUCGUGCCGCACCCUGGUCCUGUAUCUCCCGAAUCGCGAACCUCUUCAUUCUACGUCUUUGCCGUCGUUGGCGAUACCUGUUCCAACUCCGUCUACUCUCGCCCUGCUGCAACUGAGUCCUCGUUGAUAAGAAAACGCCUGACAGUUCUUUCCUCCGAAAUCGUCUACUCUCGCCCUCUAGCUGCAAGUGAAUCCUCGUACAGCUGCCGUUGUUUCCUCCAAAUCGUCUACUCUCCCCCUGUACCUGCGCCUGCCGUUCUUUCCUCCGAAAUAUUGUGCUAUUCACUGCCCUCUGUCGCUGAUUUGCUGGUAGUUAUCGCUGCAAAGACAACACCCAAGACAACACCCGGGCAUCUUCAGAUAAGUGACAUUUUGCUGCUGGGAAAAUGCCUUACCGCUACCCAAGAAAAAAGAGGGCAGGUUUCAAAAGAUAUUAUGUGCUAAAUUCUGAGAGUAUAAAAGCUAGAGGUAGAUCCCUUUAUUUGUCAGACCCUGAUAAGAUAAAGGCUGUGGCUAGGACCUCCUACCAUGCAGACCCUGAUAAGAAAAAGGCAGCUGUUAGGGCCUCAUAUUGUGCAGACCCUGAUAAGAAAAAGGCUGCUUCUAGGGCCCUGUAUAAGUUGCACCCAUUGAAGAAAAAUAUUGCUGAUAGGGCUGCAUAUAGAGAUAAUGCUGAUAAAAGAAAGGCCGCUGCAAAAUCAGUUUACGAUGUAAAUCCUGAACAAAAGCGUGCAGCUACCAAGGCAGCUUAUAAAGCCAACCCUGAAAAAACUAAGGCAUUGUUUCGGGAGUAUCAUGCCUCACACCGUAGUGCCAGGCUGGCAGCAUUUCAAGAGUAUCACGCGUCCCAUCGCAGUACCAGGCUAAGGUAUUUCAGAAAAUAUCACACUCAUACCAAACUAAAGAGAGUGACAAAGGCUAGAUACAGUUUGGCGCAGCCUAACCAACUGACGAUUGAAAAGUGUUAUAGGAGUGUUAACGCCAACCUGCUAGCUGCCGGUGAAGUGUUUAACAGACUCAAAGAAGAGUUCAAGUCCAUGCAUGCUGGUGUAGCAGAUACACUAAGUAAAGCAGAGUUGAAACAGACUGUUGGUAGACUUGCAGUUAAAAGACUAGUUUGCAAAGCCUUACAAAUACGCAGGAAACAUGCUGGGUUUUUGCUGGCUAGCAUUAAACUUAUUAAGUCUAUUACAUUUAAAGAAUGCAAUCAUUUUGGAAAAGGCUGCCACACUAGUAUGACAGAGCCUUACUUUUAUGAGGCAGCCUACCUGCAUGUGAGAGAGUCCCCAAUCCCUGUUAAUGAGAAGGGGGAGUGUGUUGUUGCUAAAGAAGUGCCUAUGGAGGCUGGCAGUAACAAUGGAGGAGGUAAAGAUGCUGCCUCCAAAUGUAACCUUUCUCAGGCUGGGAGUGUGGGUUGUGUUUCAGAUGGGAAAGUUUCUGAUAAGGGACCUGCCCAGUCUAAGAUGUGGGAGUGCUCAAAGCAGUGCAAACCACUAAGUGAAUUUGAGGUCAAUGCCAUUGUUUGUUUUAGGACAGCUUUUGGGCAGCCUGUUGAGAAAGUCAGGCAGGCCCUGGCUGAAUGUGAUAUGGGAUGCCCCUAUGGUCACUACACCAAAUUAGUAGAUACUGCUCCUGUGGACCUUAGAGGACACCCCAUUGUUUGUUACUCUGGUGAGUGCUGUACUAGUACCCUGAGAAUACUCAGAGCAGCUUCCACUCAUUUCCCUGUUUUGAGGAGGUUUUUGGCCCAUGUAACAUCUGCUCUGAGUGCUCACAGGAUUGUGCGUGAUAUUGACAACACUUUGAAGAACGGUAACCACCAGAGAUUGCUACAAAUCACACAGGUUGAGUCCCUCCUGAGUUGUAAUGUAGAGCAGAACUAUCAAAAACUCAUUCCUGUUCAAUGCUCAGCUCUUAGGAGGCCUAAUCUAGAGAUGGAACUAGCUAUUGCUCAUGCAGCACUGAUUGCUGGGUUUGAGAAGGAAAUCGAUGACUUC